UGGGAACAAAGGACCUCCUGAACAAUCUCAAUCUCAUUUCAAUGACACUGCCUGAUUAAAUAAAAAAUAACGAAAUAAAAUCAGGUGUUUACACUUUAGUACAUCAGUUAUAAUAAUAUACACUCUGCACUCUGAGAGCUUUCAUUUUUGAUAUGUCCAAGAGCAGAAUGAUGGAGCCAUUUCUCCGUGGUUAUUGUUAUUUUUACUUGAGUGAAUGGAGUGAACACUCGGUCCACCAUUGCUCAGCGGUCACACAGUAACAGUGUGUCGCUCCAUCACUGUAUGACUGCACAGCGUGCACGCUGCAGCCUGGUUGUUUGUCAGUCUUCGCGGUCCUCCUGAGCUCUGAGUGGUGCUGUCUCGCCUCUGUCGCCCUGUGAGAUCUGCCUUCCAUUGCACUCCUCCACCAGCGGACUGAGCAGGCCCCUCGCAGCCGCUACACGGUGGCCCCCGAGCCGGGCUGAUUCCCACCACAGACCCGGCAGGUGUGACGGUGGUGGUACACCGGAGAACGGCGGGCAACAUAUCCCCCCCUCUGGAUGUUGGAUUUACGGACUGAUCCGCGGGAAGAAAAAAAAAAGAAAAGCAAAAGCCCGGGCUGUGAUGAAACCCUAAACAAAGUGCGACACACACACAAGCCCGUGCACAUCAUAAACGGGCCUGUCUUGCUUUGCAACUUUGCGCGUGUGCCCCUCUGCAGGGGCUAACGGCCGAUCAUCAUAGGUGAGGCUGGUGAAAUUAUUGUCUGGGGGAGGGUGACGCGCACUUCACAGCGGCCCCUGCGCUGUCAGACGAGGAAGUGAGGAUUCAAUACACGCCCAUUUCAGCCUGUGUCGACCCUGCUGAAAAAGCCCCGACCCGUUUAUCUGAUAACACGGCAGCGGACUUUAUAAACAUGCGCUCACUUUCGGAAGGACGACACCGGGAAUAACCUGCAGGACGACGGCCGAUUUCAGAGUGUGCUACAGUGUUGAAGGAUGGACAGGGAGCUGGUGCGUCAGACCCCAUCAGACCACGGAGAGUCCACCAAUGGAACCAGCCCUCAGACCUCCGCCACCACACCCGACUCCUCCACCCCGACCACCCCCACCCCUCCUCGGCUCACCCCCAACCCCAUGCUGCUGGACUCCCCUGCGCCCACGCUAACCCCCACCACCUCCUCCCCUCCUCCCCCUCUCACCCCUGCUCCCUCCGUGUCUGCGACCCACGGCCCAAAGGUGGCGGCGGCGGCGGCGGCAGCAGCAUCUCCCCACAUCCUCGUCCCCGCUCCCCCUAAACUCACCUCCACUGCGACCCCCGCCCUCCGCACGUACUCUCGCCCGAUCCUUCCCUCCCCGACCAGCGUCUCCAAAACAUCUCCCGCCACACAAACCUCCCCCUCCUCCUCCUCCUCUUCCCUUGCCAUAGCCAGCACAGCCUCCCCCCUCGUCUCUUCUUCUUCUUCUUCUUCUGCAAUGCACAGCAACACCACCAUGUCCACCAAGACCUCCACCAGCCUGACCAACGGGAACACAAGGCCUGUAUCCACGCCGACCUCCACACCAAUCACGCCCUUUCACACACCAGCCAGUCCACCUGGCAGACAGGUAUCACAGGCUCAUCCUGUGGGCACACCUGGUCUAGUGCGAGCCAAUCAGAACCCCUCUCCUGUCAGGCAGAGGGUAUCCCAGCAGACAUUGCUCCUAGGGAAAGGUCUCAAAGGGUCUGGCCAAGACCAGGUGCUGCUUAGAGCUCAGAUGCUGAUUCUUACAUCUGCUAUGCGACCUGCCCCAUCCUCCUCCUCCUCCUCCUCUUCCUCCUCUUCCUCCUCCUCUUGCCUGUCCUCUAACCCUGCUUCCGCUCAGCUCCAGAGUCUCACCCUGAGGCCUCCUCCCCCCGGGGCCCUCACCAUCCCCCCCUCCCUGCGUCUCAAGCCCCCGUGCUCGGCCCCGCCUCCCCUCUCUCGCCCCCACGCCCCGCUCUUCCCACCUCUCAGGCCGCGGCCGCAGCCCAGCACCACGGCAACGGAGAGCCCGACCACGCCCAGCCGCCACCUCUCCGUCCCACCUCCAACUCUCUACUCUCCGGUCCGAGCCGUCCCCCUGAGGCCCAGACUUCACUCUCCGAACGGCCACAGAGCGGCGUCGCCCCGACAAACCUCAACCCUCCAACCGAUCGCUGCUGCUCCCUCCGGUCAGGCCUCGCCCAUCAGCAGGCCGCUGGCGGGACUGAAGAGCUGUCCGUUAUCUCAAACUAUGCUGGGUUCCAGCCAAUCGCAGCACGGCUCGUUAUCCAUCACCAACCCCAUGUCUGCUUCUUCCCACUUUGAGCGCUCGCCGUCUGCAGCGAGGCAGCUGCAAAUCAUCGCCCUCUCUUCGGGGCGCCAGCCUCAACCCGGAACGUACACCCAUGCCGCGGUGCAGUCGCCGCCUCCAGUUGCAGAGCCGCCUGAUCUCUCCAGCCAAUCAAAGAGGACUUUGAGCAGUGAAGACGUGCUUCCUCUUCCUCUAAACCCCUCGAUGCCAAAAACAACCUCUCCUCUGCCCUCACCUCCAUCGCUCCUGAGUCCGGCCUCUCCUCCGAGUCAGGCCGGACCUCAAUCACAAACUCUGGUCCACAAAGGAGAGGCGAAGGAGAGCGAGGAGCAGAGGGAGAGAGGACGAGGGGUGAGACAAGGAGUCAGAGAUGAGGGGAGCGUGGGUAAAGACCUGAGGGUGGAGAGGGACGACCAAAGAGAGAAAGUGAAGGAGGAGAAACAGAGGCUGACGACAGAGAAGGAGAUCAGUCAGAAAGAGCGGGAAGCUGAGGGAAGCAGAGAGGAGGAACAGAUGGAAGUGACAGAGGAAGGUCAGAGCGACAGAGAGAGGAGAGACGAAGGUGAGGAGAAGAAGAUGGAGGAGGAAGAGGAAGAGGAGGAGGAGGAGGAAGCCGCCAUGGACCAGUCUGAGAAGCUGACCAGUCAGGUUCUCCAUCAGGACCAGAACACAGAUCCCACCCCAACGCCUGACACCGUUAAAGACUCCAGCAUGGAAUCCAAACCCAUCCCGGGUCUUAUUCCAGCCUCGGUUCCAGUCCAGACCUCAGCCCCUGUCUCGGCUUCAGUCCCAGCCCCCAUCCCAGCACCGGCUCCAGCACCGGCUCCAGCACCGGCUCUUACAAACGAGGUCUCCGUCCAGAGUCAGAGGCUACAAGAGCCUCAUCGAGACCUCCAGCCUGUCGGUCAGGAGGACUUCUGUGAGAACAUGUCGACCCAGUCCGACAACCAGUCAGCUCUGUCCAGCCUCUCCUCUCAGUCUCCCCCCUCCUCACCCUUCAUCACCCCCUUGGCGGAGAACCCUCCCCCCCUCCUCCCCGCCCAGACCGUCCACCCGACAGAUCUCGGCCUGACGCAGCACGAGCCAGAGAAAGUCGAGAAAGCAGCCGAGGAGACGCGGCACCUGGCUGAGACCGAGACUGAGCCCGAGCCCCUCGGCCAAUCGGAAGACGAGUCGGAGAGCUUCAGCCAAUCGCUGAGCAGCCCCUGGGAGUCGAGGGCGUGGCCCGAGGGACGACAGGUUCUGACCCACCUGGUGGAGGGGUUUGUCAUCCAGGAGGGGCUCCAACCGUUUCCUGUGAACCGCUCAUCCCUGCUGGUCCCAGAGCAGGUGGCCAAACCACAGGAAGUGAACGGGACCAAUGGCAAAGCAGCGCUGCCCGUGACGGACACGAUAAAACAAGCCGAGCACUCGACGGACUCCGAAGAAGAGGAGGGAGGAGACACGGACGACCCCGGGACCAGGUCGGGUCACAGGGACCGAACGGUGCUGCACUGCCAGUUCUGUGGGAAGAGAGGCCACGCGCACAACUUCAUGCGGUCCAAGCGCUUCUGCUCCACUUCCUGUGCACGAGGGUUUAACGUUCGUCUGACGAAGCGACUGCGAGCUCUGAGCGCAGGCAGCCGCUCGGAGAGGCCUCGACCCGCUCUGAACAGGGCAGAGUCGGUGCCUGGGAAACCUCUUUUACUGCGGCUGCCUCGGGAUCUGUGGAGUGCUGGUCGGCGUGAGAAGGAGGGAAAGGAGAAGGCGGUGGCAGCAGAGGAGGAGGAGGAAGAGGAGGACAUGGAGGGAGGAGGGGAGGAGGAAGAUGAUGACGGAGGAGAGGAAGAUCCUGCUGUUGCCAUGACAGCAAGGAUGGAGCGCCGGGCGGCUCGGAGAGCACGGAGGGCGUCUGCGCCCGCCAUGACCACCUCUACGCCCACCACCACCUUCAAACCCGCCCCCUCGCAGUGGAGUGUGGAGGAAGUAACCGCCUUCAUACACACACUGCCAGGCUGCAGUGACGUGGCAGAAGCUUUCCGGCUGCAGGAGAUCGACGGCCAGGCUCUGCUGCUGCUGACCGAGGACCACCUGAUGACCAGCAUGAACAUCAAACUGGGACCGGCUCUCAAGAUCUGUGCUCACAUCAACGCACUGAAAAACCAAUGAAAGAGAGAGAGAGAGACAAAAAAGAAACACCAAGAGCAAAAAGAGAGAGUUUGAGGGGUUUGAUGUGGAAGGAAAAACAGGCAAUAAAGACAUGAGAGAAGACAAAGAGAGUUUGAAAACAAAAGCUUGACACCAAGGAUGACAGAACAAAGUCACAAAAAGAGAUUCACGGUAAUUUAUGAGAUUAUAAAUCGAGGUGUGGCCUUAGCAGACGGGAACAGAGGAGGUGUGCAAAAGCAUGAAGAUACCAGAGUCCAGGAGAAAUUUAAUCCGUUUUGGGCCCUCUGACUGUAGCAGGAGACCGGGGGGGGUUUUGUAACUUUGUGUAUAUUUUACAUGCCGCUGGAGAGUGUAAAUUUGAAGCUAUUUCACGAAGGAUUUUGAACAUUUAAUAUAUAAAAUUUGUCUAUUUAGUUUUUUUAGAACGUGACGUCAAUGACAAAUCUAUCCAGUAGCUAACAUAACCGGUGUGUGUCAAAGAAAAAAUAAUAAUAAUACGUAGACUUUGUAAGUGAUUAAUGAAAGUUUAAUGUUUUAUAUCACUAUAUUCUGUGGAUUAAAAAAAGUCACUAUCAGGGUAGAGACUGGUGUCUUUAAUCGUCACAUUUUUAUGGUAU